AAAGCGCGAGGGAUGUAACUGGAAACUCUCCUAAUUUGCCGUUGCGGUACCCGAUAGCCACCCCGAAAGAAACGAUCAGGUGGCACUUUACGAAGGUCGGUUAGAAGCUACAUAGCGUUGACGCUUCCUUCUUUUAUUCCUAGCUCAGCUCUGAAACAGAGAAUCUGGAGAAACAGAGAGAGAGAGAGAGAGGAUGCCGCAGCCAAGCAAAGAGCCCUGCAAGAAAGAGGCUUGCGACAUCCAAGCCUGUCUCACCAAGAACAACUUCAUCCCGCAAAGGUGCCUUAAAGUCAUUGAACUGCUGCAAUCCUGCUGCGAGAAAUGUGAUUACAAGUCAACACACUGUGCUUCUGUCUCUGGCCUUUUGAAGCAAAAGCCCAAGUAGAAGCCAUUAUCUUACAAUUUCAUUUUCACUGAAAAUGGCUAACGUAGCUCUUUAUUUAUGCCCAUCUCAUGGGAAAAUGCUGGCAGAGCCACUAACAUUAGACGUGGUUCGUGAAUUCCGGGAAUUUCUUAGGCAGGCUUAUUGCGAGAAACACAUCCCCUACUAAAUGCAGUGUUUGCUGGAGGGGGGUAGAACACAAUGACGUGAUUAUAUCAUCUCAAGAAACGCUAGGGAACUUUUGAAUGGGUGUUGCUAACCGUUGAAAGGUACAUUUUUUUACCGGUAUACUUUUUAGAUGUCUGUUUGGUGCUUAUUUGUUCUAGAUUUUAUUUCUUUUCGUGGGUCAAUAAAGAGAAAUAUAUGGACGUUAAUACUAGUUAAAUAGAAACUUUAAGUUUUUUGUGCA